AUGAAAUGUUCAUUGUUACUUUUCUUACUGAUUUUAUACAAGUUUAACUCUAUUGAUGCAUCUCAGAAAAUUGAAAAUAAUGAAUUUGCAGAGUUUGAAGAAUUUGAUGAUGAACCACAAAAACCAAAGAUCAUCAUGUCCCCAGAAGCUGCUCAAGUCAUGGAUUCAAAUGAAGAUCAGAACGAGGAAGAAGAUGAUGCAGUUGUGGAGGAAGAUGAAGAAGAAUUCGAGUAUCUAAAUGAAGAUGAAUUUGAAGGGUUCGAUAGAGAGAAAAAACCAAAGGCAAAAAGUGAACAACCACCAGAUUUGAAAAUCGUUAAAGUUCCUUUGCAUCUUCAUACAAACUGGGAUAGUUUCUACAUGGAAAUAUUAAUGCUGGCUGGCCUUGGUGCCUACCUUCUAAACUACUUGGCUGGCAAAACAAAGAAUCAAAAACUUGCUCAGGCAUGGCUCAAAUCACACAAGCAACUUCUUGAAGAAAACUUUUCAGUUAUAGGUGAUGAUGGUACAACUAUGGAAGCAACGAACACAGGUUUAAUGAAGGAAGCGGAAAAUAUAUAUUCUUUGUGGUGCAGUGGUCGAACGUGUUGUGAGGGAAUGCUUGUCACCAUAAAGAUGUUAAAGAGGCAGGAUCUGUUGAGUACCAUUUCAAGAAUGUUUAGACCUGCUACUGAUCAAAUUUUUGUGAAGGUAAUCAUGGAUGAUUCAGAUAUGGACAAUUUUGUGUUUUGUUUGAGUCACAAGAGGUCAAUCACCAAACUGCAAAAAGAUCAUGCUGAUUUGUCAAACUUCUGCCCUGAGAAGAAAAGUUGUGAGAAGUUCCUCAUUCCAAGCCAUUUCCAGAUGUUGAGUGAGUGCAGUGAAGUCACUGCAUUCAUACUAGAUUCUAAGGUAACUGCAGUUUUAAAAAAGUAUGAAGGAGCUGUGGAAUAUCUGCAUUUUUCAGAUCAAUAUGCUGGUGUCAAACAGCCAGAAGAUAGUACCACAACCAAGGUGCCAGAAACACAAAAAGUGCUCAUAUUUUGCUUCAACGUGACAGACAGUGGGUUCACAUCCCCAAAAGACAUGGAUCACAUGAAACCACUUCUUCAAAUGGUCUUCUAUUGCAUGGACAAAAUUAAACGCUUCAGGCUCAGCAAGGAGGCGAAAUUGAAAGCAGACAAAAACAGGCAGAAGGUUUUGGAGUUGUACCAGAAGGCUACACAUUCUCAGAGGAGUGAAGCGGCUCAAAAUCGAAAGGAGGAAAAGAGAAGAGCGGAGAAAGAGAAGAUUAUGAAUGAAGAUGACCCGGAUAAGCAGAGGAAACUGGAGGAGAAAAAUUUAAAAAAAGAAGCCAAAAGAAAACAACCAAAAAUGAAGAGGAUGAAAAUCAAGGCUAUCUAA